CUGUUUGGUUUUCAUCUUCAUGCUGCCUUUUUCUUGACUCUCUUAUUGGUGACUUUUGCUUAUGCUUUAUAUUAGAUUGUUGCUCUGAUUAUUGCAUUUGUUUAAUUUACUGCUUUGUGAGGUCUGGACAGCCAUCUUUUGUCCGUUCAAUAUCAUCUCUUGAGCGGCUAAGCCAUUUAAUUCGCAUGCCUAUAUUUAUCCCUUUACCAUUCUGAGUCAAAUUUCGAAGUGGAAUCCAAAUGGUCAAAUUUUUGAUUGGUGGAAUUAUAUGGAAUCAUAAUACUAAGAACUGAAACUGCAUUUCCCAUUUUCUUUCAUUCAUCAUCUUCAUCCAAAUGUUAAAGUUUUACAUAUUAGUUUAUGACUUUUUUUUUUAAAGAAAAUAAAUGGUGGUAUUUCUGGACCCUCACCUCCAUUAUAUAUGAUAUUUACAUUAGUUGGGGAGAUUUAGAUAUUUACUAUCAUUGGUAUCAUCAUAACAAUGUCACAGCCCUCAUUGAACUCUCUUGGGACUCCAUUGUUCAUGGAAUUGCGAGCUUCAGUUAGGCAUUUCAGUCAUCAGGUAUUUGAACUAAUGGCUUAGCCAGAACAAUCCUCAGUUCGCUGAAAGAAGACGUGAAACUCGUGCUAUGGCUGCCAUUAGCUCUAAGAGAAUAAUUUCCAAAUGGGCUGAGUUGAGCAUUUUAUGGGAGGUAGAGAGGACAGCGAACCACCUCUGAAACGUGUUAAAGUUACCUUGACGGAAUCAAAGAACUCCUCAGACCACUCGUCUAUUACAGAUCCUGUUGCUUCCUCUUUGGGAGACUAUAUGGCUAGGCCUCUACCAUCCCAAGGAGAUGAAGAAACAAUUGGUAAAACAGGAGUCAUCAAAAGGUCAGAAUUCAUCAAAGUUAUAACUAGGGCAUUGUACUCACUAGGUUAUGAUAAGACUGGAGCCAUACUAGAGGAAGAAUCUGGAAUACCAAUGCACUCGUCACUGGUCAACCUGUUUAUGCAACAAGUGAUGGAUGGAAAAUGGGAUGACAGUGUGGCCACUUUGCGUGCAAUUGAUUUCUUGGAUGAAAAGACCAUGAAAUCAGCAUCUUUUGUGAUAUUGGAACAGAAGUUCUUUGAGCUUUUAAAAAAGGAAAAAAUGGUUGCAGCCUUAGAUACUCUACGGAAUGAAAUUGUGCCUCUUCGCAUCAAUGUGAACACUGUACAUGAACUUGCUGCCUGCAUGAUUUCUCCUUUGCAGCCUGUGCAACUUGAGCCUUCAAGUCAAGAUACUGAUGGUGCAAGCACACGAUCAAAGAUAUUGGAGAAACUGCAGAAGUUGCUUCCUGCAGCACUCUUCAUUCCUGGACAUAGGUUAGAACGUCUGGUUGAACAGGCCCUUGACGUGCAACGAGAUGCUUGUGUUUUCCAUAACACUUUUGAUAGUGACCUGUCUUUGUAUUCAGACCAUCAGUGUGGAAGACACCAGAUUCCUUCUCAGACAUCGCAGAUACUGCAUGCACAUAGUGACGAAAUAUGGUUUUUGCAAUUUUCACACAAUGGGAAAUACUUGGCUUCUUCUUCCAAAGAUCAGUCGUCCAUUAUAUGGGAGGUCAAAGGGGAUGGCCAAGUUUCAUUGAAACAUGUAUUGACUGGUCACCAGAAACCUGUGCUGACUGUUUCAUGGAGCCCUGAUGACCGCCAACUGCUGACAUGCGGACUAGAGGAGGUCAUUAGACGGUGGGAUGUUACUUCUGGAGAAUGCCUCCAUGUUUAUGAAAAAAAUGGUGUUGGUCUUAUUUCCUGCGGGUGGUUUCCUGAUGGUAGAGGGAUAUUCUCUGGCAUGGCUGACAAGAGUAUCUGCCUGUGGGAUUUGGAUGGAGUAGAGCUAGAAUGUUGGAAAGGGCAGCGAACACUCAAGAUAUCGGACAUGGCUAUAACUGAUGAUGGGAAGAGGAUCAUAAACAUAUGCAGAGAAACCACAAUAUUAUUACUUGACAGGGAGGCAAAGUUUGAAAGGCUGAUUGAAGAGGAUGAAGUGAUUACUUCAUUUUCGUUAUCGAAGGACAAUAAGUUCCUGCUUGUCAAUCUCAUAAACCAAGAAAUUCAUCUUUGGAGCAUAGAGAGUGAACCUAAGGUUGUUUCCAAGUACAAAGGUCACAAGCGUGCCCGAUUUGUCAUUAGAUCUUGUUUUGGUGGAUUUGAGCAAGCCUUUAUUGCUAGCGGGAGUGAGGAUUCACAGGUGUAUAUAUGGCACAGAGGGUCUGGGGAGCUCCUAUUGGCUCUUCCUGGGCAUUCUGGAGCUGUAAAUUGCGUGAGCUGGAAUCCUGUGAACCUUCAUAUGUUGGCUUCAGCUAGUGAUGACCGUACAAUUCGAGUAUGGGGUUUGGAUCAUCUCAACCUGAGACGGAAAGUCUCUCAAAGCAAUGGCAUUGCCCGCCUUGCUCACCAGUUUAAUGGUAGAACUUGAAAUGAUUUCUCUAGACAGUUCCAAAAAUUACUUGGGUUCGUUAACCACUGUUGUGUUCUUCGAAAGGUGUUAGAUUUAUCUAGUGUAAAUUAUUUUUUCGGUUGCUUUUUAUUGUUGGCAUAGCAGGCACAGACAGAAUAGUCUGUUAUCUGCCGAAUACAAUGCAAAUUAAUGACCAUAUGAAUGAUUGUAGCCUGUAGAAGUUGGUUUUAGAAGCUGUAUUAUUAAA